GUUGUUGGAUUGGCAGCAAAACAAAGUAGAAUGAGGAAUAUUUCAAAUACAGUAAUGAAAGUAAAGCAGAUCCUUGGCAGAAGGUGAGGCAGAGUAUAUUCAGCGCCUCCAGACCGUGCAUCACAAUGCAGACGUCUACCAGGCUGUGUCUAAGCGGAUGCAGCAGGAAGGCUUCCGCCGCACCGAGCGUCAGUGCCGCUCCAAGUUCAAAGUCCUGAAGGCAUUAUAUUUAAAGGCCUAUGUGGCCCACGCCACAAGUAUGGGUGAUCCACCACACUGUCCCUUUUAUGAUACGUUGGAUCAGCUUCUCCGAAAUCAGAUAGUGACUGACGCAGACAACGUAAUGGAGGAUGCUGCUUGGGCCAAGCGCUGUGAUCGGAACUUAGCGGCCCCUGACGCCCCAGGAGAAGAAGGAGCCAGCAUUCUGGGAGCAAAGAGGACUCAGGCAGCAGAUCAUCAGCCUGUCUUGAAAACAGUUAAGGAAUCAGAUGAGGAUUGUCACCUGAGGAUCAGUGACCAGAUGCGAGAAACCAGUGACCUUGAGGACUCCUGGGAUGAAUCUUCGGGUGCAGGGUGCUCUCAAGGGACCCCCAGCUACAGCAGCUCCCACCACCUUUUCAGAGGUGCAGCUGCUCCCUGUCAGAGCAGCCCCGUGACCAGACUGGGGGUGUCCGGUGAGCCCAGCCCCUGCACCAGCUCCAGCCGAAACACUCCCGGGGUGGCCUCGGCACAGCGGCCUCCGGGCUCCUGCUCCAGAGUUCCUUUUGUUUCUGGUGGGGAUGGGCCUUUGACCAGUGAGCCCCCUCCCAGGUGGGCAAGGCGAAGAAGGCGGUCUGUGGCCAGGACUAUCGCAGCCGAGUUGGCAGAAAACAGGAGAUUGGCACGAGAACUUUCAAAGCGGGAGGAGGAAAAAUUGGACCGGCUGAUUGCCAUUGGCGAGGAGGCCAGUGCUCAGCAGGACACAGCCAACGAGCUGCGCAGGGAUGCGGUGGUCGCCGUCAGACGCUUGGCCACAGCGGUGGAAGAGGCAACCGGUGCUUUCCAGCUAGGGCUUGAAAAGUUGCUUCAGAGCUCUGAUGAUCCACAGGCUCAGAAAUACAUCAGGGAUAGUAAGUGUUUAGUCAUUGAAAAAAAUGGGAAAUUACGCUAUGAAAUAGAUACUGGAGAAGAAAAGAAAUUUGUCAGCCCAGAAGAUGUUGCCAGACUGAUAUUUAGUAAAAUGAAAGAAACAGCACAUUCUGUCUUGGGCUCAGAUGCAAAUGAUGUAGUUAUUACUGUUCCAUUUGAUUUUGGAGAAAAACAAAAAAAUGCUCUUGGGGAAGCAGCCAGAGCUGCUGGGUUCAAUGUUUUGCGGUUAAUCCACGAACCUUCUGCAGCUCUUUUGGCUUAUGGAAUUGGACAAGACUCCCCCACUGGAAAAAGCAACAUUUUGGUAUUCAAACUUGGAGGAACAUCCUUAUCUAUCAGUGUCAUGGAAGUUAACAGUGGAAUAUAUCGUGUUCUUUCAACAAACACUGAUAAUAACAUUGGAGGUACACAUUUCACAGAAACCUUAGCACAGUACCUAGCUUCUGAGUUUCAGAGAUCCUUCAAACAUGACGUGAGAGGAAAUGCCCGUGCCAUGGUGAAACUGAUGAACAGUGCUGACACUGCAAAACAUUCUUUGUCAACCUUGGGAAGUGCCAAUUGUUUCCUUGACUCAUUGUAUAAAGGUCAAGAUUUUGACUGCAAUGUGUCCAGUUUAGCUUCCUCAUCUCUCUGGGCUUUCUCGAAGACUCCAGGUCAGCACUGCCACCUGUGGCUGUUUAAACUUUUUAAUUAAUUACAGGUAAAUAACAUUAAAAAUUUGGUUCCUCAGUAGCAUUAGCCACAGUUCAAGUGCUCAGUAGUCUCAUGUAGCCAGUGGCUCCAGAAAGUUCUCUAGAUCUUUUAAGAGAGAUUUCAAGCUACAAUCUAAAAGAAAGUUGUUAAAUUGAAUUUAAAUCUCUUUUGUGGCAACAGAGUCUUUCUAUUAACUUAGUGCUAAGUUUGUCCAAGUACUCAGUAUAUGUUUGCUUAUUAAUAAGGAAAUAGAAGGAAAUAGGAUUUAUUAAGAAGGAAAUAGAAUUCGUAAUUUUAUUUGCUAGCAUUUAAGCUUCUCGGUGCAAAAGAACUAAACCUAUGUGCAGCAUGGGCUCAGACUAUAAAGAAAAGUAGUGAGAAACAAUUUUAAAAAUUUUAACACAUAAAAAUAGCAAAAAUUUCCAAAUGGCGGUUUGAUUUGGAUCAAUAGAUUUAUUGUCAGAAAUGCCAUACACUGAGUAUUUAUUUUUAGGUGUUUUGAAAGCUUACAAGCAGGCUAUGGGUAAGAUAAUCUUCCAUCUGAAUUUAAUACUAAACAUCUUCAUACAUUUGUAGAUGGAUAACCUAGACCUUUUCACCCCAUGAUAUUGCACUGCUGGGUGUUUAACAUCCUGUUCUGAUCAUAAACCUAUUCUAAAGAGAUUCAUCACAGUAGGUUUUGUCAUUAACCUUCACAAGAAAAAGAUGUCUUGUUUGACUUUUUUCUGUCUUCUCUGUGUGUAUGUGUAUUUGUGUAUGUGUGUGU